CUACGGCAUGAAUCUCCUUACCAUCAUUAUAGACUUUCAUUUGGUGUCGACUUGGGUGGACUUGGCACUUUUGCAGUGAAACAAAUGCACCCGUACACAUGCGCACUAGUACGGCGAUAUCGAGCAACAAAUGCAAACGCGGUAUUUAACAUGUAUCAAGACAUUCGGCACAAGAAUCUUCAUAAUGCGAUCGAAGCUUUUUUGGAGGAUGGCCUACUAUAUUUCAUUCUCGAGGACGUAUCCACGACCCUAGAGAAGGUGAUCAAAUGCGCAGUUUAUCCCGACGAGGCACAGCUCAAUGCCAUUCUAGGCCAGGUAAGCGUG